AAUAUAAUAAAAGUUUUGAUCCUACGCCAUCUACCACCUUCUUCUCCCUUCAAUAUAAUUCAACAAAACCCUCUUCACAUUUUCUCAGCCUCCACUCUCUCUUAAACUCCCACACUUCUCUCUCUAAAAACUUAAAGAAGCUCAAUUUCUCUCUCUAUAAAGUUAAAAGAAGCACUCUGUUUUCCCCUGUUUUUCAAACUGGCGAUUGUUAAUCAAGAAACCCCUGUUGUUCGUGAAAUUAAACCCAAGAAUCGUAGAAUCAUGGGUGCUGGAGGUCCAGAAGAUGAAGAUUUUAACAGAUAUCCGCCAUGGUUGAAGCCUUUGCUACGUGAAAAGUUCUUCGUUCAAUGCCAAUUUCAUGCUGAUUCUCACAAAAGUGAAUGUAAUAUGUACUGUUUAGACUGUAUGGAUGGCCCACUCUGCUCACUUUGCCUUGUUCAUCACCGUGACCAUCGCGCCAUUCAGAUUCGAAGAUCUUCAUACCAUGAUGUGAUAAGGGUGUCUGAAAUCCAGAAAGUGCUAGAUAUAAGUGGAGUACAGACCUACAUUAUCAACAGUGCUAGAGUUGUGUUCCUAAAUGAAAGGCCACAACCUAGGCCUGGUAAAGGAGUUACCAACACAUGUCAAGUUUGUGAACGCAGCCUUCUUGAUUCCUUCCGUUUUUGCUCUCUUGGUUGUAAGAUUGUUGGUACUUCAAAAAAUUAUCAGAAGAAGAAGAAAAUGCAACACACAAUGGGUUCGGAUUCUGAGGGCUCGUGUAGCACGAGCAGCACAACCACCAGCCACCACCACUCCCACCACCACUCCCACCACCACGGUAGAAGUGACAUGAUGGACACCCACUGCAACUACAACCACAACAAGGUGGUGCAAAGUUUUAGUCCCAAAACACCACCACCAACGGCGGCUAGUUUCAGGACAGCCAAGCGUAGAAAGGGUAUUCCACAUAGAGCUCCUUUUGGUGGACUAAUUAUAGAAUAUUAAUAAUAGCUUUUUAAGUCCUUAAUCUCUAAGAUUAUUGCACUAUAAGUCUAUAUAAAGUCUAUAUACCCCUCUCUUAUAUAGAACUAGUUUUGCCAUAGUGGUCCACAAUUCCUAAUGCUUGUGCUUUUUUGGGCCCUAACUUAAAAAGCCAGUGCUAGGUAAUGGUAACUCUCUAUAUGUAUAUAUAGUGAUUAUGAUGCAAUAGAAAGUUGGAAAUAUAUAUGGUUAGAAAUGCAAAUAAGAAAAUGCCAAAAAAAAAAAAAAAAAGUGGUCAAGGACUUGUGUGAAAAGAAAAUAGGCACUUGAAUAAGGUUUGGGAAGAAAAAUGUAACUAUAGGGUUAUUGCAAAUAUUAUGGAUUUUUCUUUUUGUUUUUUGGUUCAUAUGUGGUGGAAAGAAGAAGGAAAUGUACAUAUUUUGGUUGCUUUGUCUUGAAAAAGAUGGGAAAAUGUACUUCUUACCUAUAUGAUGCUUGUAUAUACAUGAAAUUAUGGAAAAUGUCAAACUACUUUUAAUA